UAUAAUAUAUAUUUAUUCGAUAAUUAAAUUCUUAUUUAAUUAUUGUAUUGGCAUCAUUUGUUAAAUUACAUGACUCUGAAUCACUUAGUUGUGUAUAAUUUUUUGUCUGCUAUACAUGAUUUUAUAUGACACUCCAAGUGAUUCUUUUCGCAAUGCAUUAGAAUUAAAUAGUAAUUAAGAUUACUUCUCGGUACAAUAGUACAAUUAAACUGGAGAACAAUGGCUGGUACAUUUGAUCAGUAUGAUAAAACCAGUUGGUACUUUGGCGCUAUGUCACGCCAAGAUGCUUCUGAUUUAUUAAUGGGAGAAAAAGAAGGUGGAGUUUUUUUAGUACGUGAUAGUACAUCUAUCCAUGGAGACUUUGUCCUUUGCGUUCGAGAAGAUAGCAAAGUUAGUCAUUAUAUAAUUAAUAAAAUACUACAGGGUGAUCAAAUAUGUUAUCGAAUUGGUGAUCAAAUGUUUCCUGAUAUUCCGCAUCUUUUGGCAUUUUACAAACUUCAUUACCUUGAUACGACGCCGUUGAUCAGACCUGCACCAAAAAAAACUCAGAAAGUAAUUGCGAAAUAUGAUUUUGAGGGUAACGAUCCAGAUGAUUUGCCAUUUAGAAAAGGAGAAAUUCUUACUGUGAUCUCAAAAGAUGAAGAACAGUGGUGGACGGCAAGGAACAGUGUGGGUCAAACUGGAUCAGUUCCAGUUCCCUACGUGCAAAAAUAUGAAGAGGAUAGUCAUGCUAAUACCGAAAAUAAUACACGAUUGGAAUCGGGUGGUAAUACCUCUGCAUCUAAUUCCAAUUCAAUUCCUCCUUCUUUAUCACACGUAAUAUCUCACUCAGAAACAGGAUCAGGUACUGCUACACGUAGAUCAAAUAUUCAAAGAACAUUACCUGCUUUUGCAAAAGUGAAGCAAGCAAGAGUACCAAAUGCAUAUGAUAAAACAGCUCUAAAAUUAGAAGUAGGUGAUAUGAUAAAGGUAACAAAAACAAAUAUAAAUGGUCAAUGGGAAGGUGAAUUGCAUGGCAAAGUAGGUCAUUUUCCAUUUACACAUGUAGAAUUUGUAGAUAAUGAAACUGGUGAAGACAACCAAGAAAUUUAACAUAAAUCUUUCGAGUAAUGUACAGAGAUGUGAUCAAUGAAGACCACGUUAUCACCUCAAUUUAUUAGUAUUGCAGCUAUUUUAUGUACCAAUACAGAGAUUGAUUUACACUUCUAUAGUCAUGAAAGCAAUAUUGAUUUUUAGGAAUUUUUUUCUCGAAUCAAGAAUGGUUACACACACACACACACACAUACAUACAAAUUUGUAAAACAAGAGAAAGAGAAUCACAGAAAAUAAAGCCCGCUUGAAACAAUCUACCAAUUGAUAAAACUAAAACUUAUAUACGCGCUUCAUAUUUGUAUAAAUAGACAUGUGCUUUAUAUGAAAUUAAAACUUGAAUCUUUCAAUAUUAAUUUAUAGUAUUUA